GGCCAUAUGCACUGUUCAUACAUGUGACUAUGCAGUGUUGUCUCCAAAAUGGAAGCUGGCUGGCGAAGGCAAAGCCGCCAACGAGGGACAUGGACAAGCUGUUCGUAGGUGGGUGGCCACCAUGUCGACAUAUAUAUUGAACGUAGGCCCCCAACUUUGAAGUGUCUGUCGACCGAAGGUCCAUAGAUCAAACCACAGACGCCCUCUCUUGUCCGCUUGCGUUUGACCAUGGCCACUCUCACACCCCAACCGGCAAUCCCCCAGGCUCAAGGCCUCGUCUCUGCUGGCCUCCAGUCUCGCAUCCUGUCUCCCACAGACGCCGAGUUCACAGCCCGGCAAGAAUCGUACUGGUCCAAUAGUGCCAAGAUCACGCCCGCGUGUAUUGUGCAGCCACAAUCCACCGAAGAAGUUGCAAUUGCCGUCAAAUCUCUCGUUGCCGCUGGUCAGAAGUUCGCUGUCCGGAGUGGCGGGCAUACCAACUGGGCGGGAUCCAACAACAUCGAAGACGGAGUGACCAUUGAUCUCGUUCGCUUGAACAAGACAGUGUACAAUGCCGACACAGAGACUGUCAGCAUUGGACCUGGUUGCCGAUGGCGCGAGGUCUACGCCGAGCUCGACAAGCAUGGACGCGCAGUCGCUGGUGGUCGUGAAGGCAAUGUGGGAGUCGCCGGUCUCUUGCUCGGUGGCGGAAACACGUUCUUCACCGCACGUCAGGGCUUCGCGUGCGACAAUGUCGUGUCGUAUCAGGUCGUCCUCGCUGAUGGCGCCGUGAUCACCGUUGACAAGGAGACCAAUGCGGACCUGUUUCACGCCCUCAAGGGCGGCUCAAACAACUUUGGUAUCGUGACCGAGUUCACCAUGAAGGCCAUUCAAUGUGACAAGGUGUGGGGAGGCAUGACAUUCUUCUCAAAGCAGGCAAUUCCCGGUGCCAUUGAGGCUCUGUUGUCGUUUACCGACAAUGUGCCUAACGACAUCGACAGCAACCUGGUUACCAUGUUCACAUAUAUGCCAGACUUCAAGGACGUCGUUGUUGCCACUCUCUAUGCGAACAUGGCCGGCAUCGAGAAGCCCCCAGCGUACGAAAAGUGGCUGGCCCUGCCAGAGAUUAUGAACACCGUCAAGAUGACCACUAUUUCUGAGAUGGCGUUUGAGUACAACAUACCUGCCAACUACUAUGAUACAUGGUUUACGAGCUGCUUCAAAAACGACCCCCGGAUUAUUUCCAAAGCGUCGCAACUGCAUGAUCAGCUCGUGGAAGAGCUAAAGGCGUUCAUACCGGAUGGGGAUUUCAUCACCCAAUGCUUGUUCCAGCCCUUGCCCGCACUUUUCGGACAGCGCUGUGUUGAAGCCGGGGGCAACGUGAUGGGCGUGGAGCGGCAGAAGGACAAUGGCAUACUGUUCCUCGCCGUCGUGAUGGCAAAGACCCCGGAGCAGGAAGCUUUCGCGCGCCCCAAGAUUCAUACUUGGAUCCAGCAGGUUCGCGCGUUUGCGGCAACUCUCGAGGGGGGGGAUCUCGAGUGGGUAUAUCUUAAUUACGCGGACAGCAGCCAGGAUCCACUCGGCAGCUAUGGUGCCGACAACAUCAAGAAGAUGAAGGCGGCGGCGGCGAAGUAUGACCCGCACGAGGUCUUCCAGGAGCUGUGCCCGGGGGGCUUCAAGAUCUCCAAUGCCAAAGUCUGAUGAUGGGUUCUUGGCGAUACCAUUGUACAGAUCUCCCAAGUACGCAAUAGUGAAUUAUGAUCUGCUUCACGGGUGCGCGGCACGACAACAAGCGCAUGCCCUCGAAUGAGUCGAAUCCCUUCCUAUUCUGGUAAAGGGCUUUCUGUAGCCGCCAAGUCCACGAACCAUGUCGACGAUUGUUUCAUUAACCGCAGGGGUUGGCAGGGCUG